AUGCAGGUGCUCAAAACCUCUGUGCCGGCCAAGGCCGGGGCGCGCACGCUGUCGUCGGCGAGACGCGUCGCCGGGACGCGCGUCGUGGCGCGCAACGCCGCCGCCCGCCGGACCUCCGCGAAGCACGUGACGCAGGCCGUCUCCUCGCCGCAGCGCACCAUCAGCGAGCACAAGUACAUCGACAAGGUGCCCGAUUCCCUGCUGCGCGAAGGCACGGACGACACGAGCGACACCAAGGUGCGCAUGGAGCGCAUCAUUCGCGAGGGCCAGGACAUGAUCUGCAAGGCUAUCGAGGAGAUUGAUGGAACCAGCUUUCACCAAGACGCCUGGGUCAGGGAUGAGGGCGGCGGCGGCAUCAGCCGCGUCCUGGCCGACGGCAACGUCUGGGAGAAGGCCGGCGUCAACGUGUCCGUCGUGUACGGCACCAUGCCGCCCGAAGCCUACAGGGCCGCCAAGGGCUCGGAUGUGCAGGUCCCCCCGGACGCACCGCGCGUCCCCUUCUUCGCGUGCGGCAUCUCCUCCGUCAUGCACCCGCGGAACCCGCACUGCCCGACGAUGCACUUCAACUACCGGUACUUUGAGACGGAGGAGUGGUGCGGGAUCCCGCCGCAGUCGUGGUUCGGCGGCGGCACGGACAUCACGCCGUCGUACCUCGACAAGGACGACAUGAAGCACUUCCACGGCACCUACAAGGACAUCUGCGACAAAUACGACUCGUCCUGGUACCCUCGGUUCAAGGAGUGGUGCGACGACUACUUCGUGAUCAAGCACCGCGGGGAGACGCGCGGGUGCGGCGGGAUCUUCUACGACGACCUCAACGAGAAGCCCGACGACACGCUCCUGUCCUUCGCCAAGGACAACCUGCAGGGCGUCAUCGACGCCUACCUCCCCAUCGUCCGCAAGCACAAGGACGACGCCUACACCGAGCAGGAGAAGAGGUGGCAGCAGGUUCGCCGCGGGCGGUACGUCGAGUUCAACCUGGUGUACGACCGCGGGACGAUUUUCGGCCUCAAGACCGGCGGGCGCAUCGAGAGCAUUCUCAUGAGCAUGCCCCUGACGAGCCGGUGGGAGUACGACAUGAAGGUCGAGCCCGGGACGCCCGAGGCCGAGAUCAUGGACGUGUUCAAGAACCCCAAGUCGUACAACUGGGUCUGA